CCGGGGCAGAGCGGCGCCAUGGAGCUGCGCCGGACGGUCCAGAUCUGCCGCUUCCACCUGCUUCUACUGCAAUUCAAAAAGGACCCCUGGCUGCUGUCGGCCCCCCACUGCAGGCAUCGUUCAGGUGCCCAGCUCUCCAGCUCUCCAACCCCGAGGGGGCUGCUGAAGAAAGUGUUCCUGGGGGUGGCUUUGGGGCUCCCGCUGGCAGCCGGGGUCCAGUAUGCCCUAGCCGAGAAGCAAAAACGCCGGAAGAUGAGGCUGCUGGUGGAUGGCAUGGGGCGCUUUGUCAGGUCCGUAGGGCUGGGAAUGCAGAUCUCCCUGGAUUACUGGUGGACGAACCACGUCUUGCUGAGGAACCUGGAUGAGAACAGCCCGGAGUAUAAGGAUCUCCUGUCCAAGUGCCACCAGCGGGCAGCCAACACAAUCGUGUACGGGGCCAUCCAGAACGGGGGUCUCUACAUCAAGCUGGGCCAAGGCCUGUGUGCCUUCAACCACCUGCUCCCUCCCGAGUACAUCACCACCCUGCGGGCGCUGGAGGACAAGGCACUCAAGCGCGGCUACAAGGAGGUGGACGAGCUCUUCUUGGAGGACUUCAAUGCCAGGCCCGACCAACUCUUCCCAGAGUUCGACUACCAGCCGAUAGCUGCUGCCAGUUUGGCCCAGGUGCACCGAGCCAGGCUGCAAGACGGCACCGCUGUGGCUGUGAAGGUCCAAUACAUCGACUUGAGGGACAGGUUCAAUGCCGACAUCCGGACACUGGAGCUCCUGCUGCAGAUUGUAGAGAUGAUGCACCCCAGUUUUGGGUUCAGUUGGGUCUUGAAGGACAUGAAGGGGACCCUGGCCCAGGAGCUGGACUUUGAGAACGAGGCGCGCAACGCCGAGCGCUGUGCCCGGGAACUGGAGCAUUUCAAUUUUGUGGCGGUUCCUCGCGUGCACUGGGAGAAGAGCAGUAAGCGGGUCCUGACAGCUGAUUUCUACGAAGGCUGCAAAAUUAACGAUGUUGCAGGGAUCCAGAGGCAAGGCCUCCACCUCAAAGAUGCGGCGUCCAAGUUAAUCCAGGUGUUUGCAGAGCAGAUCUUCUACACGGGAUUCAUCCACGCAGACCCUCACCCAGGGAACGUUCUGGUGCAAAAGGGCCCGGACGGGAAGGCCCAGCUCAUCCUCCUCGACCACGGCCUCUAUGAGAUUCUCCAAGAGAGAGACCGUGAAGCACUGUGCAAACUCUGGCGAGCCAUCGUCUUGCGGGAUGACGCAGCCAUGCGGACCUACUCCGGGCAGCUGGGCGUGAAAGCCCAGGACUACUUCCUGUUCUGCGAGAUCCUGCUGCAGCGGCCCAUCAACAUGGCCCAGCUGGCCCUGUCCAACGUGCUGACGCGGGAAGAGACGGCCUACAUGCAGAACAUGGCCAAGAACCAUUUCGACCGCAUCAUGCAGGUGCUGAAGGACCUCCCGCGCUCCAUGCUCCUGGUCUUCCGCAACAUCAACACCGUCCGGGGCAUCAAUGUGGCCCUGGGGGCCCCUGUGGAUCGCUAUUACAUCAUGGCAAGAAGUGCCGUGAAGUGCUGGAGUCGAACCAUCGGCCGGAAACAGCUGGGCCUCGGUAGAAUCUUCUUUUUCCGCUGGAUCCGCACCGUCUGGGCAAGCCUCACGUUUGAGUUUGUACUUGGGCUGCAGAUAGCCUCCAUGAGGCUGACUACCUCAUUCCUGCGUUUCCUGGUUUUUGCUGGAUUCCUGGAAGAGCCGGAGCAGAUCUAUGAGUACCUGCAGGCGUAGGCCGGCUGAG